GCUGGCGAAUACCAAGUAAACGACUGAUACUAUUGGGAUCGAGGAGGCCAAAGCGGAGACUUCCAUAUUGUUCAUUGACCGGUAAUGAAGGAUUCCGUCAUCGCCGGCAGCGUCGACAAAACCUCAUCAUCGGCCGGCGUCGACCUCACAAAGCCGCCGUCGUGGAGCUCCGGCGGCUCCGGCAGCCAUGGGCUGGUGAAAAGAGUGACGAAAAUGAGUGCCGUGUUCGUGGGGUUCACCGUCUUGUGGGUAUUUCUGUAUAACUCUGCGUCUCCCUUCGGCUUCCCCGUCAUCUCUCAUUACCUCACCGCCGCCAUGCCCGCCGUCACCAAGGGAGAAUAUGAUCCGAAGCUAGAGAGUGUUCUGAGACGUGCGUCGAUGGGGAACAAGACAGUGAUAAUAACAACACUAAACGAUGCGUGGGCAGAACCAGGAUCCAUAUUUGAUCUGUUUCUGGAGAGCUUUCGAAUUGGGAAGCAGACGAAGAAGCUUGCGAGGCACCUGGUGGUUGUAACCUGGGACCAGAAGGCACAUGAUCGUUGCACUGCCUUGCACCCACAUUGUUAUCGCCUUGAAACUAGCGACAAUUUCACCAAUGAAGCUUUCUUCAUGACCCCAGGUUACCUCCACAUGAUGUGGAAGAGGAUUGAGUUUCUGGGCUCUGUCCUUGAGAUGGGCUACAGCUUUGUCUUCACGGAUACAGAUAUAAUGUGGUUUAGAGACCCAUUUCCUAGAUUUUACAAGGAUGCAGAUUUCCAAAUUGCUUGUGAUUACUUCCAUGGGAACCCACAAGACAUGAGGAACAUGCCAAAUGGAGGAUUCACUUAUGUGAAAUCUAACAACAGAACCAUAUGGUUCUACAAGUUCUGGUACAAUUCAAGGAAACUGUACCCUAAACUUCAUGACCAAGAUGUGCUCAACAGGAUCAAAUGGAACCCCUUCAUCUCCAGCAUGAAGCUUCAGAUCAGGUUCCUGGACACUGCUUAUUUUGGUGGCUUUUGUCAGACUAGUAAGAACCUUGAUCAGGUCUGCACCAUGCAUGCCAAUUGCUGCAUUGGCUUGGAAAACAAGAUCAAUGAUCUUAAGAUCUUGCUUGAGGAUUGGAAGAAAUAUAUGGCUUUGCCUCCUCAAGAUGAUCGUAAUUCAACAACUUCACCUCUUCCUCAUUGGACUGUUCCACAAAGUUGCAGGAACUUAUUUGAUUAAUGCCUUCUGCGACGUCCCAUCUUCUCAAUUUAUUUUUAUUUUUCUUUUAAUCAUUAGCUUGUAAAUAAAAAGAGAGACAUUUUAGUAUUUUACAGUUACCAAGUGAUAUAGCUGUAAUAUGUUUUCUUUACUUCUUUACCAUUGUUAGAAGUGCCAAAGCUGGACAAUUUCAUGAUAUUUGUCUAUGAAACAUUGAAAAAAAAAAACUACACCGCUUCAUAUAA